AAAGGAUAUAGUUAACAUAAGUGACAAAUUUUAUAAUUUCUAUUUCAAGGUUAUGAUAUUCAAAAUGUUGCGAUGACGUAAUGUCAAACAAACGUUACACUGUAGAGGUUGUAAAUAUUGUUGUGAAUUCGUUAUUUUUCAAAUUCCUCCUAUCAAAUAGUCAUUUAAUCUAAAUGAGACUUGAAAAAUAGUUGGCAAAAGUUAAUGGCCUACCUUUAAGUUUGAAUGUAAAAGACAGUGUGAACUUGUGCCCCUUUGGCUGCAACAGAGGGUUUUAAUUUUAGAUCAAAAGAGACCAAAGUGACAGAAGUGAACUAUAUUUAGCCUAAGUCUUGCACUCGAGGGACUUCUUUAUUCUAGUGCUCAUUUCUAAUGUUCUACUUUGAAUGCUAACAAUUGCAACUGAAUCAUACCUGACUGCUGUUCAAAAUGGAUCUUAGAUCAAGUACUAGGUCUAGAAGAUCUAAAUCUAAAACACCCUUUACAAUGACCAAUUCAGAACAGGACUAUAUGGAAGAAAGAUAUUCUUCAGAAACUUAUUCUGAGGUUGUGAAAACUUCUUCAACGAUAGCUCAGGGAACUAAUGGAAAGUCUUCAUAUGAAAGAUUAACCGAAGAAAAAAAUGUAAAUAGUUCAAAUACAAGGCCUUCAGUUGGUAGAAGAAGUGAGAGAUUUUCGAAAAUCUACAAAACAUCAGACUAUUCAUCGGAAGAGGGAGAGAAUGAAGUAUCUUCAACACGAAGUAUAACCGACAACGAAAGAAAUCGUAUAUUAGAAGAUGCUAAAAAAGCAGCUGAUAAUUCUACAGGAAUCACAGCUCUCGGUUUAUACAGGAAAGCUAAACAUUAUUGGGAAGAAUACCCGAAAACAGAUUGGACAUAUUCUCCGUUUUCGAAAGACAGAGUAGAAAUCGCACCUGGUGUCGUGGCAAUGCCAAACAUGUCCCGUAGACAUAUUUCUUCCUACAGUAAAUACACCAAUACCGAUUCCUCCAAUACGUCCGGACAAUCAAAUUUUCUGAGAACACGUAGAUUGUUGGAAACUAAUACGUCUCAUAGUGUGGUCAAGAAAGCCUUUCUCAGAGUAUUGAUAUCCAUUUUAAGCAUAGUUCACUUUUUCUGGAGGCCCUUCUCCUAUUUCUAUGGAUUCCUCCACUCCGUCUGUAUAACGGUUGCGAGGGGCAUCUAUAUGGGAACGAGUGCGAUCAUGCUUUUGGAUACGUGGCUCCUGAAAAGCAAUAGGAAUUACGGAAAGACAGCUGCUCUCACCGCUUUGUGUGUGGUGCCGUUUUUUUUGAUCGGAGGUUGGUGGUUAUCCUAUAGCCGAGGUGGCUACGAUUGGAAUUCUAUGACAAGUGUUUUUUCUAGUGAAAAUACCAUCCAAGAAUCUCAAGUCCAUCCAAAGAUGUUCGAACUGAACGAUCAAUUCGAUACAAAAAAUGUACCUAGAGGUUCAGAUAGUCAAGUCGGUACCGUAACAGAACAACAAUUAGAACAGAUUCUAGACAAAUUUAAAGCCAGUCUUGAUUCUAAUAAACAGAUUGACUAUCAGGAAAUCGUUGGAAAAGUUUUAAAUACAGAAUCAAUUCAAAAUAUCAUUAAUAACUACAAAUCCAACACCAAUAUCAUUAAUAAACAAGCCGAUAUAGAAGGUAUAAUAGAAAACCAGCGUAAGUCCAUUGAAGAACUAACAAACGAAUUGCGAAGACUAAAACUAGAAAUAACAAAUUUACAAAAUCACCAAGAAGACACCGAUAAAAAGAGUGCGGGAAUACACAGAGAAAGCUCACAAAAAAUGGACUACUUUUUGUACCGACUGAACAGAUGUUGCAAGAAAGCCGUAGAUCUCGAGACUCACAUGUUCAAAUCGUUCGUUAUGGCUUUGAACAACCCCAAUUUCCUCGAGAACCAAAAGGGACUCGCAAACUGGCUACGUUCCCUCUUCGUUGCAAGAACCGAGCUCGAAAACAGGAUAUCUGCAGUAACGCAAACUUUGAAUUCCAACUUCGAUAGUUUGCUACAAACCAACAGCAACUUUUUGAUGGAACAAGUGUCGAUCAAAUUGAAUAACGAAUACAACACAAUGCGUGCAGACGCUGGAGAUAUACAGGGUGCGACAGGAAACAUAACCGAACACACCGUUAGGAAGAUCGUAAGGGAUACAUUGAAAGUUUACGAUGCAGACAAAACAGGCCUUGUUGAUUACGCGAUGGAGCCGAUGGGGGGCCAAGUGAUCACAACAAGAUGCACGGAGAGUUACCAUGCUGGAACUGCAGUGGUUUCAGUUUUCGGUGUGCCUUUGUGGUAUCCGGUAGCUUCACCGAGGACUGUUAUCACUCCGGGCCUGAACCCUGGCAAAUGCUGGGCUUUCCAAAAUUUCCCAGGAAUUCUCGUCAUAAAACUGAUGGUCCCAAUCAAGAUAGAAGCUUUUUCUUACGAACAUGUUAGUAAACUUUUAGUUCCUGACGGUAAGAUAGAUUCUGCACCGAAAGAUAUCGAGGUUUACGGUUUGGAAGAUGAGAACGAUAGGAAUGGCGUCAAGAUUGGGAAAUAUAGAUACGAUAAUAAUGGAGAAUCUCUACAAUUUUUCAGUGUCGAGAAUUCAGAUCUGGUGUUUCAGUACGUCGAAUUGAGGAUCAAUUCGAAUUUUGGAAAUCCUAAUUACACCUGUUUGUACAGGUUUAGGGUGCAUGGUAAACGUGUUUCGAGCUGAUUUUUUCAAAAACAAUAACGUUUAGCAAUAACAUCUUUGAUCGUCACUAUGAGAUGUAUUUGUUUUUUACAUUUUUUUUUUAAGGAUAUGUAUGUACAAAUUUGUGUUGUGGUUGGUGAAUAUGUUUAAGUGUUGUGUUUUCAUUAUCUCGGUAUUAACAUUUCAAGUGCCUUUAUGAGGGAUUGGUAAUUUUUAUUAUGCUCUUUUUUCUUCUUAUUUUUUUUUUAUUUAGUAUGAGAGUGAUGUUAGUAGAGUGUAAAUAUGGAUGAACAAUUCAAACCAAUGUCUCAGUGCCUUCCGAACUAGUCUGAAUGAAAUUAAAUGGCAAAUAAGUUAAGUAAAAAGAUCUUUGAAUAAGACAAUAUAAAUAGACAAGAUAUCACCGAGAUUUCUGGGGAAUUGACUUCAACAGAAUUAAUUGACCUUUCAUUUCAUACCCAAGUGUGUCUUAAUCAUUUUGUUUUUGAAAUCGGCACAAAUGUAGAUUUAAAAUAUGAAAUAAUCCAACAAAUGCACAAUAGCUUUUUUUAGAAGGAAUAAAAUUCUGAAUUAGAUCAAAUGAUUUCAUUGAAAGCAUUCAGUAUGUACUUAUUUCCAAGUCCAAAGUUACCACGAUCUACUUCAGUAUAAUUUAUUCCGAUAAAUCUACACACAAGCACCGGAGUGAUUUUUAUUUUACUGAUAAUAUCUAACUUAUUCUAGUCUGUGAUUUUUCUAUUUCGUAGGUACAAAAAAAAAACGAAUGCCUGAAAUUAUUAUAUAAUUGUUGUACUAUUAUAAGAUGGUUUUUUUUUUUAUUUUUAAUUUUUUUAUGAUUAAAUCGGUCUUUAUACUUUAACAUUUCAGAAGAUUACCAAUUCACAUUUAGAAUACAUCAGAUAAAUCAAAAGGAAUUUCAUUGUUUAAAUAUGUUAUUAUUUACUUUGUAUAUUGGAGGACUUAAUCUUAUAUUUUUAUUUCUUUAUUUUGACUUUUUGUUCAUGAUUCCAUAAUUUAUUUGAUAUAGUCUGAAUGGAGCUUUAUUUCUUUUUUAUUUGUUAGUAUUCAAUCAAUUAAGGUAAUUUCUAGAGAAAGGGCUUCACCAAAGUUUAACAGAAAAAAAUGUAUUCAACGUUAUUUUACACUGAAAUUGGAACUACGCUAUCAUUUAUUUGUGUUGUUAAAAAACUUAUUUAUAUUUGACUUGGAUUUCAAGUUUGUUGUUUCGACCAUUUAAUGUAUACUGAUGCCCAUGUAUUUUUUUAGUGAAUCUUGUUGCUUAGAAUUUCCCUUUGUUUAUUUCUUUGCUUCUAUGUAUAAAUUUAUUUAUAUUUUCUAGUUUUAAUAAAGACAUUUUCUAUCUGUUUAUUUAUGUACA